UUUGAACUACUUUGCAGCAGGAGUCAAGUAAUCAAAAUUUUUAGGUUAGGAUUCAUAAAAUCAAAUAAACAGAAAUGAAACAAUAAAAACAUUACCAAUGUAAUAUCUGAUAAAAUCACGAAAGCGAAUAAAAAAUGGAAGUGAACCCCCUGAGCAUAAUUUUAGUUAAAUCCGACAGUAAAGGAGACCGAUUAUUAUUUAGAUACCCUUUUCAAACUCAAGAAAACAAUGAACCAUCCAGCACAAAACGGAAAAAUCCUUACACCUUACCGAUUGUGGAGGAUUUGCUGCAAUCGCUGUCGCAAUCAUCUUCGAACAUGAACAAAGGUAAUCUUGCAGGAUUCACGGAUGAAGUGCUCUCUUCGUUAUUUGCUGUAAAGGCAGAACUUAGUAACAGAAAAUUCGAGCUUAAAGUUAAUGAUGUCAGGUUUGUGGGACACCCUACUUUGUUACCAUUAAGAAAGAAAAAAGAACAGCCUCAACAGGAUGACUCAGGGAUUAUGUUGAUUAACAUUGUUUUUGCACUGCAGGCUUUGGCAAGCCAUUCUGUUGUGAAAUGUUAUCAUGAUUUGAGUAAAAGAAUGGGCAUAGCUCUCAAACAUGAAGAAAAACGAUGUGGCUACAUUUCCGAUCAAACUCAAACCAUGACAAGUGCUCACGACGAUGGCUACACAAGCCCAGGUUCUGCAUUCCAAAUAAUCUUAGAAAAGUGCACUUUAGCUAUGAAUAUCAAGAAAAUGUACGACGAUCUUUGUUCAACCGGACUUGUGAGCAUAAGGAUCAACAAAUGGAUACCGCUGAGUUUUUGUUUGCCGCAAAAAGUGCAUCAGUGGCAUUUGAGGGGAAAGAUAGUUGAGCCUGAAGACAUAGACAAGUGUUUGAAGGCGUUAAGGCCUUAUCACAGUUUGUUGUUGCUGUAUCCAGCUCAACAUAUGAAUGAUUUUACCUCACUGGAUGGUUCUCCGUCACUUAUAAGGUUGUUAUCGAACUAUUCGCCGCUAAAAAAUUUACAAACUUUAGCGGCUGAUGCGGAAUUAACUUUGGCCCAUGUGUUUGAGUUGACGGCUCACCUGGUGUACUGGGCCAAAGCCACAAUAAUUUUCCCGAUUUGUUCGACAAAUAAAUACGUCAUAUCUCCCACUGCGCCUAUACACUUGAACUCGCCCUUGGUGGAAAAAUUUAACGAAACCUUUUCCGGUCUGAAUCUUGCCCGGGUGAUUAGCGAUUUUUCCUUGCCUACGUCGCUGGGACAACGGUGCAAUCCUUUGUGUCACCCGUCGCAACAAUCUCAGCUGGUGCAGACCAUCAUUUGGAUGUUGCAGCACCAUUUGCUGCUACAGCUGCACACUUAUAUACAGUAUUUGCCGACGGAAAAUGGCUUACACAAAGAUUAUAAAAAGAAGCAGUUAAAGUCACCGUCACCUAGAAAUAGUGUUAUAUUAUCUAAUCAACCUUCAGCUUCAGAACAUUCCAGGGCAGAAUCUGAGAGUGGCGCCAGUACCAUUUCGGAAACGCCUGAGUUUACGUUAAAAAAUUUUAAUAGUGAACACUUAAGCUUCAUAUCUACUGAUGAUGACAAACAAGACUACCAAGAAGAAUUACUUCUGGACUUUUCUGAUGAGGAAAGAUCAUCUGUUUUUAAAAUUCCAGCAACAAACAACCCUGAAGACUUACAACUUUUUGCAAAACUUUGCCGGAAAGAAUAUUUCCAAGGAAAUCACCACAUAGAAGAAAUCAUGUACCUGGAAAAUUUAAGACGAAGUCAAUUAUUACAGCUGUUGGACAAGUUCAGAGAUGUUCUUAUUACCUAUGAAACAGAAGAUCCUGCAAUCGCCAUGUUUUCUUGUUCUUCAACCUAGUA